AUGAUUGGUGCUGGCACAGGCAGGCUGAUUGGCAGGCAGCCAGGCAGGCAGGCUGAUGACUUAUUUGUUGCAGCCCGGAAUCGCUUUUGUGGAUCAGCACCUGUUGGCGGCGAUGAGGGCAGGGGGGGUACGGUGGGGCGCCUGACGGACCCAUUCCUUGGGGUCCCUGAAUCGCCCGUGUCGGAGUAUGGGAUUGUCGUGGCCGAGGAAGAGGAUGCUCACGGCGGGGUGUGGAGCCCAGGGGAGGAUUGUGUGGGCAGGAGUGCGGUUGAUGAUGCGCACGGCAGGCUGCUUGGAGAUGAGCAAGGGUGGGCAUCUUCCGCUGGUGUGGCAGGUGGGGAGGAGGGCGGUGCGGCUCCGCAGGCAAUGCAUCGCCUUGCACUUUCGAAGAAUGAUGAUGGUGAUGAUGGUAUUGUUGCUGGGGUGGAAACGGAUGGUGCAGAGUGCUUCUUCUCCCCCGUUGGCACUACGACUUUUGAGAGCGCAUGCAGUGGGGUGGUGUUGGGAGUAGAGGAUGUUGAGAGCGACGCGGGGGAGGGUGUGGGGGCUGCUGGGCCAGCAUUUGGCGCAGCUGGAGAUGGCGUCACCAUGGGCGUUGAAGAAGGCAAGGCGCCUGCCAGGGCAGCCCGUGCGGAAUCGGCGGGGAAUGAUGGGGAUCCCCUCAGGUCUUAUGCUGUGCUUGGGCCAGGGAGCGGACAUGGCACAGUUGAGGGCAUUGAGCAAGAUGCAGGGACCAGUUGGGUGCCAAGGGAUUUUGCUGCACCUGUGAGGGGUGAUCCUGACAUAAUGGCGGGGGCUGCACAGCGUGCAUGGCGCCCUAUCGCAAUGGACGAUGCGGUGCACGAUGAUGGGCACGACGAUGAUCUGGUGGUGGAAGGAGUUGAGGAAGACAGGGCAGGAAAUAGCAGACAGCUGACUGGGGAACCUGUGCUUGGGAGCGAUGAAUGCAAAGAUGUCAUCCUUGCAGGUACCCAAGAUCUUGCUUUGGAAAAUGCCAGGCCGUCCAUUGAGGUUGCCAUCUUUGCCACCGUUGACUACCACAGUGACACUGUGGUGAGCACUGAAGACGUUGAUGAUGGGAUCGUUGCUGGUGUUGAUGAGGGGGUUAUUGACUAUGUUGGCCGCACUGCAGCAGGCGCUGAAGAAGAUGAUGGGAUAGUGGCUGGUGUCGAGGAGGGUGCUACAGAUUAUGUUGACAGCACCACAGCGGGCGCUGAAGAGGUUGAUGAAGGAAUCGUGGCUGGUGUGGAGGAGGGUGCGAUUGAUUGUGUCGGACGCACUGUGGCAGACACUGAGGAGGUUGAUGAUGGGUUCGUGGCUGGUGUUGCAGAGGGGGCUAUUGAUGAUGUUGGCCGCACUGCGGCGGCCGCUGAAGAGGUUGAUGAUGGGAUAGUGGCUGGUGUCGAAGAGGGCGCUAUAGAUUAUGUUGACAGCACUACGGUGGGCACUGAAGAGGUUGAUGAAGGAAUCGUGGCUGGUGCGGAGGAGGGUGCAAUUGAUUAUGUCGGCAGCACUGUGAUGAGCAUUGAAAAGGUUGAUGAUGGGAUCGUGGCUGGUGUUGCAGAGGGGGCUAUUGACUAUGUUGGCAGCAUUGUGGCGGGCACUGAAGAGGUUGAUGAUGGGAUAGUGGCUGGUGUCGAAGAGGACACUACAGAUUAUGUUGACAGCACUACGGUGGGCACUGAAGAGGUUGAUGAAGGAAUCGUGGCUGGUGUGGAGGAGGGUGCAAUUGAUUGUGUCGGCAGCAUUGCGGUGAGCACUGAAGAGUUUAAUGAUGGGGUCGUGGCUGGUGUUGAACAGGGAGCCAUUAACUAUGUUGGCAGCACUGCGGUGCACACCAAAGGGGCUGAUGAUGGGAUCCUGACUGGUGUCGAAGAGUGCGCUAUUGACUACGUUGGCAGCGCUGUGGUGGGCACUGAAGAAGUUGGUGAUGGAAUCGUGGCUGGUGUGGAAGAGGCCGCUACUGGCUAUAUCCAAGAGGCCACUUGGAGUGGGCAUGGCAAUGCAGCAACAGCUGAGAAGCAGGCAGAUGGAGUAUUGUUGGGUGUUGGAAACGACGUGUUGGAACAGCCUGGGCUGCCUGCUGGGCCUGCAUGUUCAGAUCAAGAGGGAGACGUUGUGGAGGGUGCGGAAGGUAAUGUGUCAGGCUAUGCUGGGUGCCCAGACAGGCCUGCUGGCAGGGCUGGCGAUGAGGGCGGACAUGGCAUCGUUGAGGGUGCCCAGGAAGCCACGAUCCAGUUUGCCGGGCCUUCCUUUGAAAUAGGUGUGCUUACAAAUGCUGACUGCUGGGAUGGCCAGGGCAUUGUCGAGGGUGUUUAG